AUUUGAAGACACCGCAGUCGUUCAUCAGCACUAUGGAGGCCAACUCAGCAUGUACAGGCACUGCACUCCUGCUUCUGCUGCUCCUCCUGCUGCUCCUCACCAUAUGGAGGCGCUCAGACCAGCCAAACAUACCAGGGCCUUAUUUCUGUGCAGGUCUCGGUCCCAUUCUGUCUUACAGCAGAUUUAUCUGGACUGGGAUAGGAACUGCAUGCAACUACUACAAUAACAAAUACGGCAGUACUGUCCGCGUCUGGAUUAAUGGCGAGGAAACCCUCAUUAUCAGCAAGUCAUCAAAAGUGUAUCACAUCCUGAGGAGCCCUCACUAUGUGUCCCGAUUUGGGAGCAAAAAAGGGUUGGAAUGUAUUGGAAUGGAAGGGAGAGGUAUCAUUUUUAAUAAUGAUGUACCACUGUGGAAAAAAGCACGAACAUACUUUACUAAAGCUCUCACAGGCCCUGGUCUCCAGAGGACAGUGGAAAUCUGUGUAAACUCCACAACCAAACAUCUGGAUUGCCUCAGAGACCUGACCGAUCCGUCUGGCUAUGUGGACUCUCUCAACCUGCUGAGAGCUAUUGUGGUGGACAUUUCCAACAAGCUAUUCCUCGGGGUGCCUCUCAACGAAAAGGAGCUGCUGAUGAAAAUCCAUCACUACUUUGAGACUUGGCAGACAGUUCUGAUCAAACCUGAUAUAUUCUUCAAGAUUGGUUGGCUGUACAACAAACACAAGAAGGCAGCCCAAGACCUACAAGAUGUGAUGGACAGUCUUAUUGAUAUUAAAAGAAAGCUCAUUAAUGAAUCAGAGAAGUUGGAUGACAAUCUUGACUUUGCAACAGAGCUCAUCUUGGCCCAGAACCAUGGGGACCUAUCAGCAGACAAUGUGAGGCAGUGCGUACUGGAGAUGGUGAUCGCAGCACCAGACACUCUGUCGAUUAGCCUCUUCUUCAUGCUGAUCCUGCUGAAGCAAAAUCCUGAAGUAGAGCAGACAAUAGUGGACGAAAUGAAUGCCAUUCUGGGUGACAAACAAACAGAAAAUGUUAAUUACCAAAGAUUAGAAGUGCUGGAGAAGUUCAUCAACGAGUCUUUGCGGUUUCAUCCUGUGGUUGACUUCACAAUGCGAAAGGCUCUCGAAGACGACGACAUCGAAGGCAUGAAGAUUAGGAAGGGAACCAACAUCAUUCUCAACAUCGGCCUUAUGCAUAAGACGGAAUUCUUCUCAAAACCUAAUGAAUUCUGCCUGAAUAACUUUGACAAAACAGUUCCCAACCGCUUCUUCCAGCCCUUUGGGUGUGGGCCUCGUUCCUGCGUGGGAAAACAUAUCGCCAUGGUGAUGAUGAAGGCCAUCUUGGUGACGCUUCUCUCUCGCUACACAGUGUGUCCUCGCCAGGGCUGCACCCUCAGCAGCAUUCGGCAGACCAAUGAUCUGUCACAGCAGCCCGUGGAAGACGAGCACAGCCUGGCCAUGCACUUCAUCCCUCGGAUGACACAGCCCCAAACAUAGACUGUCAACAUUACACACGGCACUGCGCAAACAUUUUUGGCAUCAUAGAAUUCUGAUUAAAAUGUAGGUUUUGUUCUUUUUUUUUUUUUUUUUUAAUGUAAAGCAGUUCUCACACCUGGCUGAGUUUUUCCAGACCAGCGGUUGGCACGGCUCGUUUUUUUCUCAGUGGAUGUCUGCUGUUUUGGCGCAGAUCAGUUGGGAAAGGUUGGCUGCUGGAUGUCCAGCAACUUCUUACUUUUAAACUCGGACAAGCCCGAAAUGAUGGUUUUUGGUCC